AUGGGUCCCAGUGAUAGUCCAUAUGAAGGCGGCAUGUUUAGUCUAGACAUUCAGUUCCCAUCUGAUUAUCCAUUUAAUCCACCACAAAUUAGAUUCACUACAAAAAUCUAUCAUCCUAAUAUCCAUUUAACCGGUGUGAUAUGUAUGGAUAUUCUUCGGUCUCACUGGGAUCCUGCAUGGACUAUGGGAAAACUUUUAUUGGGUAUAUGCUCAUUAUUAACCGAUGCAAAUCCUAAUGAUGCAAUGAAUGCACGAGCUGCCCAGUAUUGUCGAGAAGAUCGACAGAAGUAUAACGAAAUUGCACGCUGGUGGACAAAGAAAUAUGCGAUGUGA